CCCGGACCAAUCAGAGCGCACGUCGCUGCGGCAGCUCCUUUAAAAAGCCGCCGCCUGCAGCUCGACUUCAUUCGUUCCGAGGCUUCACUCAGAGAGAACCGCCAUGGCCAGAACUAAGCAGACCGCCCGCAAGUCCACCGGAGGAAAGGCUCCCAGGAAGCAGCUGGCCACCAAGGCUGCCCGCAAGAGCGCGCCGGCCACCGGCGGAGUGAAGAAGCCUCACCGCUACAGGCCCGGUACCGUGGCUCUGAGGGAGAUCCGCCGCUACCAGAAAUCCACCGAGCUGCUGAUCCGCAAGCUGCCCUUCCAGCGGCUGGUCCGAGAGAUCGCUCAGGACUUCAAGACCGACCUGCGCUUCCAGAGCUCCGCCGUCAUGGCGCUGCAGGAGGCCAGCGAGGCUUACCUGGUCGGCCUGUUUGAGGACACCAACCUGUGCGCCAUCCACGCCAAGAGAGUCACCAUCAUGCCCAAAGACAUCCAGCUGGCCCGCCGCAUCCGCGGAGAGAGGGCUUAGACACCCGACCAGUCCAGACCAGAAACCCAACGGCUCUUUUAAGAGCCACCACCUCCUACUCAAGAGUUGAGCUUCCUCAUUCAGCAGCACUAGAAUCACUGAAAUUAAUGUUUAUAUUAAAAUCUUGAUAUCCCUGAGAAAGCUAAAUCUUAUCAGCCAGGUAACACGGUGGCGCACAGAGCAGAGUUGAACAUCUGUGAUGGGUGGGUGUAGACGGUACUCGAGUUGUGUAAAAAAAAAAAAUCAGGGGGGAUGGUGGAUUUUAUCAUAUGGGGGACAGAUAAUUUGUGCUGAUUAAAUAUAUUAAAAAUAAUAGCACUGACCAAAACACCUGCAGAAAUACUGCAGGAAUGACAUAGCAGCAGUUAAAUGCAGCCUUCUGUAAGCUUUAAAUAUCU